UUGCUUAUACGUCACAAGACGUGGUAUACCAAUGGAAUCAAAAUAGGCAAGUUGCAAUAGCUGAAGACAUGAAACUGUCGCAGUUCGAUUUAAUUGCAACCCCAGCAAGUUAUGACAAUAGCACUUUUCUUACUGAUAACAAAAAGGCUGAUUACUCAAUGCUCUUAAUAAGUUUUCAUCUUCGGCGUCACAUGGGAAAUUUUCUCAUUCAAGUUUAUGGUCCUUGUGUUUUACUGGUAGUUUUGUCAUGGGUUUCUUUCUGGUUAAACCGAGAAGCCACGGCAGACAGGGUUUCUUUAGGAAUAACUACUGUGUUAACAAUGACCUUCUUAGGACUGGAGGCCCGUACUGAUUUACCAAAAGUUCCUUAUCCGACUGCGUUGGACUUCUUUGUUUUUCUUUCGUUUACAUUUAUCUUCGCGACCAUUAUACAGUUUGCAGUAGUACAUUAUUUCACUAAGUACGGCUCUGGAGAGUGCUACUUUAAUUCUGAUUUAAGUUCGGAAACAAGUAGCGAAGACGAAAGUGAAUGGUCUCCACUUGACAUCCGAAGACGCCAAUCAGAAUCUGCAUCGGUAAAUGAUCGGGGUUCCUUUUCGGAAUGUAGAAAAAAUAGCAAAACCGGUGGUAGUCGAAAACCUCGAUUCUUGGAAAACGCCAACGGCGAGCAAUCCAACACAGUCGAAGUGAUCACAUUGUCGGCUUGUACCAUACCCUUGACAACCCCUUCCUCAAGGAAAUCGUCACGGUCGUCCUGGAAUCACUUACCCUGCAUCAGCUGCCCUCAGGACGAAAAGACGAAUAACAAGCCGUUAUUUCCAUCAAAUCCCGGUGUAAAUAGUAACCCAGCAGGGCAACAUACCAAUACCGCUCAGUCGCGGAAAUCGAGAAGGAAAAAGAAACGUGCACCACGAUUUAAUUCCGUUUCAAAAAUAGACAGGGCGUCCAGGGUCGUUUUUCCAUUGCUAUUCCUAACUAUCAAUUUAUUCUAUUGGUACAGUUAUUUGUCAAGGACGAAACGAAUUCAUAAUUUUAACGUGUCUUGAACCAAUUGUUAAAGUUUUAAUGUAAA